AUGGCGCAGAGGGCUGCUGUGAAGACCACUUUUGAGGUCAGCCGGACCAUCCAGCCCGUCUACGUGGGUGGCAGCGUGGGCCUCAGCCGCAAUGGCCGCAUCCUGGCGACUUGUCUGGGCGAGGACGCGCUCUUGACCGACCUUGCCACGGGCACUGAACUUGCCCGCAUAGAAGGCGACGGAGAGGUCAUCACUUCGCUCUGCUUGACCCCCACCGGCUCCCACCUCGUAAUAUGCUCGCGCUCGCUUUCUAUGCGCAUCUACGCCCUGAAGCCGUCCGGCGCUGCCGACGUCCUCAUCGACGCUGACCUCACCCGUACCCUCAAGCCGCAUUCCUCCCCCGUCGUCGUGUCGACCACCGACCGCACCGGCACUCUUCUCGCGACUGGAGGCGCCGACGGGACGGUCAAGGUGUGGGACAUCCGGGGCGGCUACACCACUCACAACUUCCAUGGCCACAGUGGCGUCAUCGCUUCGCUGCACUUUUUCGAGGCGCACGUCUCAAACGCGGAGCCAGACAAGGCCGGCAAGAAGAAGAGAAAGGAAGACGCGGCCGAGGAGAACGGAGACGCUGCCAUUGGCUACAGAUUGGCGUCUGGUGGGGAGGACGGAAAGGUCCGCAUCUGGGAUUUGCACAAGCGCAAGAGCAUUGUUGCUCUGGACUCCCACGUUUCUGUCGUGCGAAGUCUCGAUUUUUCCGCAGAGGAGAAUGCUUUGGUGUCUGGAAGUAGGGACAAGACGGUAAUGGUCUGGGACGCUCGCACCUGGAAAGUCAGGAGUACGAUCCCCGUUCUUGAGGAGGUCGAGAGCGCUGGCUUCGUGCAAAAUGGUGCAUACAUCUACACUGGUGGCGCCAACGGAAAGAUUCGGUUAUGGACGCUUUCUGGAGGAAGAGAGGUUACCGAGGAUCAAGAGCCGGGCAACGAGACCGAAGGUAUUGUCGACGUUAUUAACCACGAGGGUCUCCCGUACAUCUUGACCGUCCAUGCGGAUCAGACUCUUGUCCUCCAUUCAAAGGCUCCGCUGGCGCAGAUUGGCAGCGCCGAGACUGCCGCACCGCUUCCUGUCCUUAGGCGGAUAUCCGGCACCCACGACGAGGUCAUCGAUCUGGCUUAUGUUGGUCCCGACCGUUCAUUCCUAGCCUUGGCGACAAACGUCGAGGAUAUCAGGAUAAUAUCUCUGAAAUCGCAAGAAGCGGACGCGGACGACCAGAUUGGCGGCGGUUACUUUGGUGCUGACAAGGGUCUGCUUAAGGGGCACGAGGACAUCAUCAUUUGCCUGGAUGUUGAUUGGUCAGGCCACUGGUUGGCCACUGGAGCGAAAGACAACACUGCUCGUCUUUGGCGACUGGAUCCAGAAGACGAUGCAUGGAAUUGCUACGCCACCUUCACCGGCCACGCGGAAUCUCUUGGCGCCAUUGCUUUACCCAAGACGGUUCCGCAGGUUGGCUCUGCAGCACAUUCCAAUCCCCUGGAGCAUCCGCCUGCUUUCAUCAUCACCGGUUCGCAAGACAAAACCAUCAAGCGAUGGGAUACUUCGAGCAUCAAGAAAGACGUCAAAAAGGCUUCGCGCGCAACGUGGACUCGCAAGGCCCACGACAAGGACAUCAACGCAGUCGACAUCAACCACAACGCGACACUCUUUGCCACUGCCUCGCAGGACAGGACCGUCAAAAUCUGGUCAGUUGAGGCUGGAGAGACCAUCGGUGUGCUUCGGGGUCAUCGUCGCGGUGUGUGGACUGUGAAAUUUGCGCCAAGGGAUACGCCACAAAUCAACGGGGGCGGCAAUCGCGGUCUGAUCGCUACAGGUUCCGGUGACAAGACAGUCAAAAUCUGGAGUUUGGCGGAUUACAGCUGUCUACUGACCCUAGAAGGCCACACAAACAGCAUUCUGAAGCUAGCAUGGCUCCCUUACCUUCAGGCCAGCGAUUCCCGUGAUAAGCGUGGAGCGGAGGUCGCAUCUGCUGCUGGUGAUGGUCUGGUCAAGGUCUGGGACAUCAGCACUGGCGAGGUAUCAUGCACGUUGGACAAUCACACUGACAGGGUAUGGGCCUUGACUGUCAAUCCCUCGACCAAGACGCUCGUCUCAGGUGGCGGCGACAGUGUGAUUACCUUCUGGGAGGACACGACCGAAGCUUCCAUGGAAGCUGCUGCCAAGGGCGAGGCAGAACGCGUGGAGCAAGACCAGCGACUGCAGAACUACAUGCAUGCGGGCAACUGGCGCGAAGCAAUUACUCUGGCGAUUCAACUCAACCAGCCUGGCCGCUUGCUCAACCUGUUCAAGGGCGUAGUGGAAGCAGAGGAGCAAGAGAAGGGCAGUCUAACAGGAAACGUGGAGGUCGAUGAGGUUUUGGGAAGCUUGGCGGACGAGCAGAUCCUAACUCUACUCCUACGGAUCAGAGACUGGAACACCAAUGCAAGGACGGCGCCUGUUGCGCAGAAAAUCCUCUGGGCGCUCAUGCGAUUGUACCCGGCGACGAGGCUCUCAUCGCUGAAGGCCGUUGGUGGCCUUCAGUCGAAGAGCAGUGUGAAAGAAGUCGUGGAUGCUCUGGGAGCCUAUACGGACAGGCACUACAAACGCAUGGAUGAGCUUGUUGAUGAAAGUUAUCUGCUCGAUUUCACGCUCAGGGAGAUGGAUGAGGUUGUGAGAAACUGA